AUGACAUUUAAUAUAUUUAAGGCAUUGACGAUUGAUCAGUCGAAGAAUGUGGUCAUGAGGGGAAUAAUGGUUAAAAAUAGUGAGAAGUUCCAGAUCUCGAUUAUGUAUAGCCAGGGAAUAAGAGUAGAAGGAGUAACAAUAACGACACCAUUCAAUAGCCCAAACACUGUUGGAAUCCACAUCCAGACGACGAGUGGUGCAAGUAUCAUAAACUCCACCAUGGCCACAGGUGAUGAUUGCAUGUCAUUGGGAACGGGUGACAUCAACAUUUGGAUCGAGAAUAUUAGAUGUGGGCCGGGACACAGCAUAGCCAUCGAUAGCCUAGGCGAGACACCAAGGAAGUCCAUCGUAGAAAAUGUGACUGUGAGCUCGGUGGUCUUGACUGGAACAGAAAAUGGUUUGAGGAUCAAAACAUGGGCGAAUCCCUAUAAUGGGUUUGUGAGUGGGAUUAACUUCCAACAUGCCAUAAUGAAGAAUGUAAGGAACCCAAUUAUUAUUGAUCAGAAUUACUGCCCUAACCAUCAUAAUUGCUCAAAACAAAGCUCAGGUAUAAAGAUCAAUGGGGUGGUGUUCGAUGAUGUGUGGUGGUCGUCGGCGACGGCAAUGGCGGUAACGUUUGACUACUGUAGCCGGAGCAAUCCAUGCAGUGGGAUUGAACUUAGGAACGUAAGGCUGACCUAUGAUGGAGAGGACAAGGCCGAGGCAUUCUGUAGAAAUGUAGAGGGAGGGAGCUCCGGGUUGGUAAUCCCACCUAGCUGUAUUUGA